GCUAGCUUCACCUAAUUUAGUUGAAUUUCCAGAUAACCCAGUUAGUUCUUACGGCGCUAGCUAGCUAGAUAACCGCUUGUCAGUUGAGUUAGCUACCAACUGGUCCGCUGCAGUCGACCCGCUACUUUUUGUGAUAACACGAGGCAGUUUGACAACAAUGUCUGACAUGGAUGAAGAUGCAGUGUUGUCCGAUGGAACGUUAGACGGAGAGGAAGAAACUCCUCAAGGACCUGGAGAGGACGAGAAGGUACAGGUUUGCCAUUUGACCCAAGAAACCAUAAGUCAGGGGCUCUCAUUGCUGUGCCGAACAGGAAAUGGUCUUGGACAUGCAUUUGUCAAAGUGGACCUAAAAGACAAAGGACUGGAUGACAUUACCGCAAUCAGCGGUUACACACACCUCCGUUUUCUGGACUUAUCCAACAACCACCUUGUUGAUCUUGCUCCUCUGGCAUCUCUGACUCAACUUCUCUGGCUGAAGGUUGACAAUAAUGCUGUGUCGUGCUUCAAAGGGCAACCUUUUGCUCAGUUGACCUUCUUGCAGUGGCUGAGUAUGGCAGUGAACUGGCUAAAAGACCUGGAUGGCCUGGUUGGGCCUGCCUUGGAGAGCCUCAAUCUUACAGGAAAUGGUAUUCAGAGAGUGAACGGCCUUCAGUGUGGCUGUUUUGCCAACCUGGUAACUCUAGAGCUGAGGGGAAACCACUUGGAAACCACUGAUGGUAUCAACUUUCCCAACCUGCGACGAUUAUAUCUGGCCCAAAAUGUUAUCAAGGAUUUGAAAGGUUUAGAAAGGCUAGAGCGCCUCACCACUCUUCAUCUUCGAGACAACCAGCUAGAUUCUCUGGAUGGCCUCAGCCCCAACAUGAAGUGUCUCCAAUACCUCAAUGUCAGAGGCAAUUUAAUUUUAGAUGAGAGUGCCUUGCAAUGCCUUGGGCUUGUGUCAAAAACUCUGCGGGCUUUGGUUGUUUCUGAGAAUCCUCUCGUGGAAACGACAGACUACCGGCUGAGUGCACUGAUUCUUCUGCCCCAGCUGGAGCGGCUUGACAAAGAGCUGGUCUCCCCAGAGGAGAGGGCUGAGGCCCGGGAGAGAAUCAAGGAACUUAAAGAAGAGGACAUUUCCUGAGCCACAAUAAAUGCAAUGAAUGCCAAAAUGAGGAAGUGUUUGACUUCCUUGAGAACACAGCCUUGGUGUGUAAAUGUGGGUUCUGUGAUUGUGUUGUAUGAGAAGCGUUGUAUAGCUUGUAUGAUGCACUUUGUAUCUGUAUAUGUGUACAUUGCUUGUGUCAUGUGUAAAUGCUCUUACACUAUUACAGCCAAUCUAUUUUUUUGAACAAUAAAA